CUUCGAGCCAAAAUGGCUCUCAGUUCGAGAGUUCUCGGCAAAUCGUGGCGAGCGCUUUACAUCGUCGGCGUUCCCUUGCUGCUGCUACCAGUGGCCAUGUACGUUGAUGGAAAGGCAGGAUGGUGCGCGUACAUUCUGCUCUGGAUGGCCUUCUACUGGUCAGCCGAAGCGAUUCCACUGGCGGCUACCGCACUGAUGCCUGUCUUCCUAUUCCCGUUUUUCGGGAUACUGAAUUCGCAGAAGGUGGUCGCCUUCUAUCUCAACGAAAUUGGUAUGGUUAUGCUCUGCUCUCUCAUUAUGGCUGGAGCUGUAGAGACAAGUAACCUACACAAGAGAAUAGCGCUGAAAUCAUUGCUCACAAUAGGAACAAGCAAUCUUAGGUUGCUGCUCGGGUUCAUGCUGGUCACUAUGGCACUGUCAGUGUGGAUACCGAAUACAGCGUCAACUUCAAUCAUGGCGCCAAUCGUCAUUGCGGUCGUGGAUCUUGUGCAGACAGCUUCAUCCUCCAUGGAAGACGACGAAGAAACCGUAUCAGCACCUCGCCGCCACACAAUGCGUCAGAAAGACGAGCUGCUUCCACGUGGCUCGGAUGUCGGGCACGCUCGUUGGCCAGGUCCCUACAGGUUUGCCCCCAGGGCCAUUGGGAAAAUGUAG